AUGCGUCUCUCCACCCUCCUCCUCGCUUCCCUAACCGGCCUAGCCAACGCAAACUUCGACCUCUACCUAGGCACCGAACUCUAUGCCUUGGAUCCCACCAGCAACAUCUUCCGCGGCUGGUACAUCUUCGACAACGACCCCAGCGCCAACGACGUCUUCGCCCACGGCCUCUACAUCUCCAAAGACGACGUCUCAGGCAGAACGAUCGGCGUGCGAUGUGCCGGCAGCGGCUGUCUCGGCGGUGCCGCCACUGACAUCAACGUCCUCGAGAUGCAUUUCAGCAACAAUCCCCUUUACCACUGGACCAUCUACAAAGACAGAGGUCACCCCUACAAAAUGUACGGCCUCGACGGCAGAACCUACGGGGAGUGUAUCCUCUUUCCCGGCGUCGACUUCCACCAUACGAGGGGCUUGCAGACCCGGAGCGCCGUCCGCAAGUUUCGCUGUUUGACGCAGUUUACUGCUGCGCAGAUCAAGGCUGCAGCAUAG